AUUUCACCCAAUCUUAUUUUCCAACUCUGUGAUCCCCGAUUUGGAUCCACAGAGAGAGAGAGAGACUGGAGAGAGAGUUUUGUUUGUGUUUGUAGAGAGUAAACUGAAAAUACAUACAUACAAUAUAUAUAUACAGGAAGAACAGAGAAGACGGUGUAGAUCUAGAUCUCUACUAGGUGGCGACAAUGGCGAAGGAUCGACCUGCAACAGCAUUUCAUUCUCAAUUAUGGAUGUUAAUUUGGUGUCUUUUUAUUGUUCAAGGCUACGCCUUUUACUUGCCUGGCGUUGCUCCUGAGGAUUUUUACAAGGGUGACCCUUUAAAUGUGAAAGUGAACAAAUUGACUUCUACCAAGACACAGCUUCCUUACUCCUACUACACUCUUCCCUUCUGUCGGCCUAAGACCAUAGUAGACAGUGCAGAAAAUCUUGGAGAAGUUCUUCGCGGUGAUCGUAUUGAGAACUCUCCGUAUCAGUUUAAGAUGCGAGAACCACAGAUGUGCAAUAUUUUGUGUCGCAUUACACUCACUGGAAAAACAGCCAAGAAAUUGAAGGAAAAGAUUGAUGAUGAGUAUCGGGUGAACAUGAUUUUGGAUAAUCUUCCCCUGGUUGUACCAGUACAAAGGCCGGACCGAGAAAGUUCCUUUGUGUAUCAGCAUGGUUUUCAUGUUGGUUUCAAAGGGCAGUAUGCUGGAAGCAAGGAUGAAAAGUAUUUUAUUAAUAACCACUUGACAUUUACAGUUAAGUAUCACAAGGACAUACAGACAGACACAGCAAGAAUUGUAGGAUUUGAAGUAAAACCUUUUAGCGCUAAGCAUGAAUAUGAAGGUCAAUGGAGUGACAAGGCACGCUUGACAACUUGUGAUCCCCAUGCUAAACGCACAAUUACCAGCUCUGAAUCUCCUCAAGAAGUUGAAGAUAAGAAAGAAAUCAUCUUCACAUAUGAUGUUGAUUACGAGGCCAGUGAUGUCAAGUGGGCAUCUAGAUGGGAUACUUAUCUGAUGAUGGCUGAUGAUCAAAUACACUGGUUUUCAAUUGUCAAUUCCUUGAUGAUUGUUCUUUUCCUCUCGGGAAUGGUGGCUAUGAUCAUGUUAAGGACUCUCUAUCGUGACAUUUCCAAAUACAACCAAUUAGAAACCCAGGAAGAAGCUCAAGAAGAAACAGGAUGGAAACUGGUUCAUGGGGAUGUUUUUAGGCCGCCAGUGAACUCUGAUUUGCUUUGUGUUUAUGUUGGGACUGGUGUUCAGUUUUUCGGAAUGAUACUUCUCACCAUGGUAUUUGCGGUACUUGGGUUCUUAUCCCCUUCAAACCGAGGUGGGCUAAUGACAGCUCUACUUAUGUUAUAUGUCUUCAUGGGCCUUUUUGGUGGUUAUGCUGCUGCCCGUCUCUACAAGAUGUUCAAGGGGACAAAUUGGAAAAAGAUCACCCUCCAAACAGCUUUCAUGUUUCCGGGAAUUGCAUUUAUUAUAUUCUUUGUAUUAAAUGCUCUGAUUUGGGGUCAAAAAUCUUCAGGGGCUGUGCCAUUUGGUACCAUGUUUGCCUUGGUAUUCUUGUGGUUCGGCAUCUCAGUACCACUAGUUUUUGUGGGGAGUUAUGUGGGUUUUAGGAAGCCUUCACCUGAGGAUCCAGUUAAAACUAAUAAGAUUCCAAGGCAGAUACCUGAGCAGGCAUGGUACAUGCACCCAGUCUUUUCUAUCCUGAUUGGGGGAAUACUUCCCUUCGGAGCUGUAUUUAUUGAGCUCUUUUUCAUCCUCACCUCUAUUUGGUUGCAACAGUUCUAUUACAUAUUUGGAUUUCUCUUCCUUGUGUUCAUCAUCCUGAUUGUCACCUGUGCCGAGAUAACAAUCGUGCUAUGCUACUUCCAGCUAUGCAGUGAGGAUUACCUCUGGUGGUGGAGGUCGUACCUGACUUCAGGUUCUUCAGCUCUAUAUCUCUUUCUCUAUGCAUCAUUUUACUUCUUCACCAAGCUAGAGAUCACAAAGCCAGUGUCUGGCAUGUUAUACUUCGGUUACAUGCUGAUUGCUUCAUAUGCUUUCUUCGUGGUCACUGGUACCAUUGGGUUUUACGCAUGUCUUUGGUUCACAAGGCUCGUCUAUUCAUCAGUGAAGAUUGAUUAAGUGAUGAACAUGGAGGUAAAUGAUUUUCCACAUUGAUCUUUGAGAAAUCACAGCUAUACUCCUGAUUGAGCAUCACACAUUGCAACAUGAAGCUACCACCAAUAGUUUUUAAAUUGCCUCCUGGGGUUAUUUAAUAUAGAAAUAUUUUGUAAACUUUUCAGCAGAUGGCGGAAAUAUGAAUUUUUCAAUUAUUUUUAUUUUCUCUGUUUGAUCUUUAGAUUCCUACAAAUAUGUAUCAAGACAAUUAAAAUUGCCAAAAGAUUUUUUUUAUGAAGAAAGAACAUAUGACAAUGGCGUCUAGCA